AUGAAUGAGUGUAUUUCUUUCUUCGUAUCAAGAAUGUCUGAUCUUGAUGAAGAAUAUAAAAUCAAAACUAUCAAACGAUAUAGAUAUGACUUUUUUGAGAGUAUUUUGAAAUCAAAAUCUCUUAAAAUAUCAAAUGAAGACUCAUUAGUCAACACAAUCCUCAAGUUGAGUGAAGAUGAUAAUUCAUUCUUUAAUCUUCUGAAUCAUGUUAGAGUUGAAUUUUGUAACAAUGAUUCUAUCAAAUCUAUCAAAAACUUCUCAGAUCGAAACAAGUUAGAAUCAAUCACAGCAGAAGUAUUCGAACGUGCACUUCUUCAUCGUUCACCAAUCCCUCACAAACUAUCAAUUUCAGAUUCAAAUUAUUUUUGUCGUGAAACAGUUCCUAAUUUUAAAAUUUCAAAUGCUGAAGAACAUCAUGUUAUUGAUCAUUCAUAUGAAAACUUAAUAAAUUUAAAGAGUUUGAGAAAGACAGGAGAUAAUUUUUAUCAAAUCUAUUCAGUUCUUUCAGAUGCAUCUGAUGCAUCAGAUGAAGGAGAUUUUUCAACAAUCGAAUUUGCAGUUGAUGAAAAAUAUACUGAAAUUAAGGAUAGUAGCUUCGAUAUUAAUAUAAUUUUUGUCGCAGCAGCUAAUAAUAAUUUAUGUCUUAUAAAAUAUUUGGCUGCUCAUGGUGUUGAUAUAAGAAGUAGUUCUAAUAAACAAAUAAGUAUUCUUCAACAGUUUUGCGAAAAAGGAAAUUUAGAAGGUGUUAAAUUUGCACUUAAACACAUAGAUAUUAAUGAUAGAAAUUGUUUUGGAGAAACACCUCUUUUUGAAGCUAUUGAAUAUAAUCAUGCUGAUAUCUGUGAAUUUCUUUGUUCCCAACCAAAUAUAGAUAAAUAUGCCAAAAACAAUGGCAAUGAAACUGCUCUUCAAUAUGCAAUACGUCUCAAACGGGAGCCUAUAGUUGAAAUUCUUCGCAAAAAUGGAUUUCCAUAA